GCUGGGCGUGCUACCGGAGUUGGCCCGAAGCCAGUCCUCGCUUUGUUUUCUGGCUCCUCCCCUCCCGCCUCUCCCGCUGUCUCCGCCCUAUUCUAUUUUCCCAAAGAAUGUCUGAACUGGGAGGCAUCCCUUAGCGUCCUUCUUUUAACAGUGAGAAAACUGAGGCCUUUAAAAAUUAAGUGACUUGUCCAAGGUCACUAUCCAUAUUUGAGGGGCCAAGGCGAAAUCAUAUUCCGUAUUCCAGGACUGGUGCUGACUGGACCUCAGCAUUAUUUUGAAAGUGUUAGCCGCCAACUGCAAAAGCAGACAUUUCCCAGAGGUUUGCCCGGCCCCUUCUUGACGCUGUUCACCUCAAGAAAAUAAAAACAAAAACAGAAAUCAACUGUGAAAACUCCUUGGCAAGUCUUGAGUUUUCAUAUAGGCGAGAUGGGAGACGACAAAAGUAGGAUCAAGUUAGUGACAGGUUAGGUGGGGGGUAACUUUGGCUUAGUCCAAAUUUUACAACUUAGCCUUUCUCUCCUUUUUUUACAGCAUCUUCUCAAAAAAAAAAAAAAAUCAACUAUGAAAACUCCUUUGCAAGUCGCGUUUUCAUGUUAGCAAGAUGAACAAAGAUGCGCAGAUGAGAGCAGCGAUUAACCAAAAGUUGAUAGAAACUGGAGAAAGAGAACGCCUCAAAGAGUUGCUGAGAGCUAAAUUAAUUGAAUGUGGCUGGAAAGAUCAAUUGAAAGCACACUGUAAAGAGGUAAUUAAAGAAAAAGGACUAGAACACGUUACUGUUGAUGACUUGGUGGCUGAAAUCACACCAAAAGGCAGAGCCCUGGUACCUGACAGUGUAAAGAAGGAACUUCUACAAAGAAUAAGAACAUUCCUUGCGCAGCAUGCCAGCCUUUAAGAUUGAAUUAGAUUGUGUUGUUUUGUGGUUUUAUUUCUGAAAGUAAAACUUGACAUAAAUUAGGAAUCAUUUUCCAAAAUAAAAUCCUUUUUUGUAUAAUGGUAUACAUUUUUCAGUAAUGAUGUAUACAUUGUAUUGAUUUUUUUCCCUAAAUGUGUUAUUUUAAUAAAUAUCUCAUGAAUGAGUUUGAAGUUUCCUUGGA